AUGCAGGCUGGCACUAGAAAUACAGCCUCCACCCUGCCCAUGCUCGGACAAGACGAGCAUCAUAAGAUACGCCAGGCAACGUUUAUACGGCCAGCACAAAUGUGUUUAUUUGCUCGAGUGACGUGCUACCCACCUUUGGGACAAGUCACAAACCUGCAGAGGCAGAAAGCAUCGAAGUCCGAAGAAGAUGAUACGGUUCGAUUUACAGUCGUUAUUGAAUCCAGCACGUCUCUGCCAACGGAAUCAUGGGAAGCGCAGAUCUGGCAUAACAUCACCGGAUCAGAAUGGACCGCUCUUCCCCUUCAAAGAUGCAAUCCGUCUGUUGCACCACUAUUGAAUGGAAAAGAUGACGAAUAUAAUUACCAUCGCUAUGUAUUUUCGGAAGGAAUUCGUCUACCGUCGUCCGGCGGCCAUACAAAGUUCACGGCGCGCUUUCGAACUAGCCCAGAUACCGAAUGGCAGUGGGUCAACCAACAACAAUCAGUCAGUGAUGGAGAGCUUGUUUUUGGCCAUAGGAACGGAACUUCUGAAAACCCGUUAUUGGAUGAGAGAAUCUCAGCCGAUGCAAAAGCAGAGCUUGCCAAAUAUAUCGACAACCUGUCACCCGAAGUGCAAAUUGAAUCCCUACGUACAGAGGCGCCGGGAUCUGUGCUAUGGGCAAUUCGUGGAGAUGUGGACCCAGCAGAGGGUGGAGCUUCUGGAAUCAAACGAACCGCCCUUGGUACGCCAUCAUUGAUGAUGAAGUAUUUCUCGUUGGUACGAAUCUGGAGUCCAUGGCUGGGUCCUCGGCAUGGCAAGGACUUGUUUAGAUUGACAGAGGAUGCGAUUCUAUGCUCUUUCCUUCGAAAAGAUGGCACCCAUCUUGUACUUCUGGCCAUCUCCGGAAUCAACGAUGUCCUGACUGUUUUCCAAUCGGGGGAUAAUGGAGAAGUAGUGAUACAGGCCAGAAGCGACAAUACCGAGAUCACCGGGUUUCAUGUGCUGGCCGCGGUCGCAGAGAACUUUGAGGUCGCUAUGUCGGCCGUUAUGUACGAGUCGAGAAAGGUCGUCAGGCCAUAUGGGUCUUUAUCGACUGAGUCUGUGGAGCAGCCGCCUCUAUCACCACCAGGAGACGACGUGGUGGUCUUGGAGAAAGACCCCGAGAUCCAGUGGCUUGCUGACUGGUUCGACGGCUUGACAUAUUGCACUUGGAAUGGUCUUGGCCAGGACCUGAACGAGGAAAAGAUUAUACACGCACUCAAUGCAUUAAAAGAGCAUGGAAUCCAUGUCGUCAACCUGAUCAUCGAUGACAAUUGGCAGAGUCUCGACAAUGAAGGUGAAUCCCAGUUCAAGCGACGCUGGAAGCAGUUUGAAGCGAAUCCCAAGGCGUUCCCGCGAGGCCUCAAGCAAACUGUGGAGACCAUCCGUCGAUCGCACCCAAAUAUUGGACAUAUCGCAGUCUGGCACGCUUUACUGGGAUAUUGGGGAGGCAUCUGCCCCGACGGAGAUCUGGCGCAGCGAUACAAGACGAAGAAGGUGAAGAUAAGAGAUCUUGCAACUGGAGGUCCCAUUGCGCACGACAUCACGGAUGGCAAGAUUCUAGCCAUCGACCCUGAUGAUGUACAGCGAUUCUAUGAUGAAUUCUAUGGGUACCUUAAAUCGCUAGGCGUUGACUCUGUGAAAGCCGAUGCCCAGUUCUUCAUUGAUCUCCUCGAAGAGCCAGAAGAUCGUAAGAGGUUCAUGACAUCUUAUCAAGAUGGCUGGUCACUCGCGACAUUGAAACACUUCAGCAGCCGGGCCAUUUCGUGCAUGUCAUUGAUUCCACAAAUGAUCUUCCAUUCGCAAUUGCCAGCGAACAAGCCGUCGAUUAUACUGCGGAAUUCAGAUGACUUCUUCCCUGAGAUCCAGUCAUCUCACCCUUGGCAUGUGUUCUGCAAUGCGCAUAAUGCACUCCUCACUCGAUAUCUAAACGUUUUACCAGACUGGGAUAUGUUCCAAACUAGUCAUCCUUAUGCAUCUUUCCAUGCUGCAGCUCGCUGCGUCUCGGGUGGACCUGUUUACAUCACGGAUGAGCCUGGAAAGCAUGAUCUCAAAGUCAUUGACCAGAUGACGGCACCCACCGUCCAAGGUACCACUGUCAUAUUGCGUCCAAGUGUCAUUGGCCGCGCCAUCGACGUAUACCAUGACUACAAUGAGGGGCAUAUUCUGCGGGUAGGAAGCUAUACAGGUUGGGCUAAGACUGGAAGCGGUAUUUUGGGUCUUUUCAACAUCCACUCUGCCGAGGCAUCAUGCAUUGUCUCUUUGACAGAUUUCCCAGGAAUCCACGAUGACUCCGACAGCGAAUAUGUGAUCCGUGCCCAUACCAGUGGCAGAGUCACAAAUCGUUUGAAACCUUUGACUCAAAAUGCUUUGGUGUCCUUGAUUCUGGAGCAGAGAGGAUGGGAGAUCCUUACAGCGUAUCCAACUCGAUCCUUCGCACUGAAGAGAAGCCACGGUAGCAGUGGCUCCGACGAAGCACUCACCCACGUAGCCAUCUUCGGUCUCAUUGGAAAGAUGACUGGAGCUGCUGCGGUGGUGUCUUCAGACACCUCUGUUGUCGAGAACGGGCGUUUGCGUUGUGAUGUCCAUUUGAAGGCACUCGGCACGCUUGGAAUCUAUAUUUCCGAUCUACCAAACCGCAGCAUCUUGGAUGAUUUCAUGGUCAUGAUACUUGGGCAGGCAGUGCCGCAGAAGACCGUUUGGAAGGAAGGCGGAGAGAAUUCCUGUGUGUUGGCCAUUGACGUUCUCGCCGCGUGGAAGGCCAUGAAGCUUGACAGCGGAUGGAGUAACGAAGCUUUUGUCCAGAUUUUUGUGGCGUAG